CUUUUCAGCACCUCCUCGCAGCUGAUCAUAUCAAACUUUUAUUUGUUUUUUAAAGACUUACUGUUAGACUUAUUACAUUUGAGUCAAAAAUUUUAAGCAAAGUAAUUUGAAUUUAAUGCUAGGCAUGUUUUCUGAAUUUAUCUGUGUUCUGGAUUAUAUUCUGGUUCCAUCAUACAAUAGGAUAUAUGUGAGGUGCUAAGCGAUUCAUUUUAUCAUUUUGGAAAUCUCUGAUUUCCACUUAAGAUUCAUGUCUGGGUGAUAAAGAGUUUGAACUGGAACCAUACAGGAGUGAGACAGUAGCUUAUAUUAACUUAUUGGCAUAUGAAAACUGUAUUGCUCUAGACAGCAACAGUCUUUGUGAUCUAAUGAUUCUGAUGUAACAGCCUUUGUGACGUACUUUAUAUCUAACUGCUUUGCUUGUUCAGUUGGCACAAUAAAGUUAGCUCCCUUCUCAUCCCCUCCCCUACCCCUCCUUCCCUUUCUCUCUUUCUUUCUUUUUUUUUUGUUUUCUUCUCUUGUCUGUUAUCAUCUUACUUACCUGGAUGAAGGCUGGAAGCAGAACUCAUACCUACUAAUUCACAGAGACAAAAUUGCUAACAGCAAGGACUAUUUUCUUCUGGAUAAUUUUGUACCAUCAAAAAGAUAAUUUGGAAGGAAAACACUAGGAUGAGCGAUAACAUUACUAUCUGCCUUCAGAACCUGACCUGUGAAUUCUGUCAACGGACUGAUGACUGUCCUGAUAAAUAUGGAGAAAAAAGGACUUACGAGGACUAUAAUCUCACUGUUCAUUAUUACUGUGUGUUAAUGUCUAGUGGGAUUUGGCAAAGAGGUGAAGAUGAAGAAGGGUUUUAUGGGUUUUUACCUGAAGACAUCCAGAAAGAAAUUAAUCGAGCUGGAAGACUGAAAUGUAGUAUUUGUAAGAAAAAGGGUGCUUCAAUUGGUUGUGUGUCAUCCAAAUGCAAACGAAGCUACCACUUUCCUUGUGGGGUAGAGAGAGGAUGCAUUUUCCAGUUCAAGGACACUUUCCCGUCAUAUUGUUGGAAACACCGGCCUACUCAAAAACGUCGUCCAUAUAACUCUAAAGGAUCAUCACAAUGUACAAUAUGUUUGGAACUGGUUGAACAUGCACCAUCCUACAACAUUCUAACAACUCCGUGCUGUAAAAAUGCUUGGUUUCAUAGAAACUGUCUUCAGUGUCAAGCUCUGAGUGCAGGAGUGUUUUUCUUUAGAUGCCCAGUAUGUAAUAAUAAAGAGAAAUUUCAGCAUGAAAUGCUGAGAAUGGGCAUCCAUAUUCCAGAAAAAGAUGCCUCCUGGGAACUGGAAGAGAAUGCAUACCAAGAACUUCUUCAGUGCUAUCAACACUGUGAUGUGAAAAGAUGCCUCUGCCAACAUGGAAGAGAUUACAGUGAGCCAGAUAGCAAAUGGGAGAUAAAACGCUGUCAGUACUGUGGUUCCAGAGGAAUUCAUUUGGCAUGUUCCUCGCUAACGAGUUGGGAACAAAAUUGGGAAUGCAUUGAAUGUCGAACCAUCCUUGCCAAAUCAGAUGGAAACUGCCAGAACAGGAGAAAGCGUUCUUUGAGUAUGCCAGAAAAAACAGAUACUGGAGAUGGUUUGCGAGAAGAUCCAUCACCCAAAUGCCCAAGACAGUCUCCUGGAUCUCAUCUUAGUUUCCUCAUCAGAACCCCCAAGAUGAUAUGCUCCAAUGCCUUUACUCAGUGUUCACAACUGGAUCUUUCCUGUACUGAUAACAGGCUGAUAUCCCCAUCCCCAUUGAUCAGUCCUUCAGUGAGAAGUCUGUCACUAAGAAAAUCGCAACUCAGAGUGCAGAAAACAGAAGUUUCAAAUAUUCUGAGGGAAUUAAAAUCACAAAUUAAUAUCAAACCAGCAAGAUUAAAUAUCAAUAGACAAGACAUCUGGGAUAGUGCCUUAAAGGGAUUUCGAAAGCGCAGCUUCAAUCCUGCCAAUAAUAUUGAAGUAAAGUACAUAAACAGCAAGACACAGAUGGACAGCUGCCAUUCAUCAAAAGAAGAUUUUUUCCUAUUAUUGAUGCUUCACCUUCAGAAUUCAUCGCUCUUUGAAGGCAGCUUUUCAAAGAAUUUGUCUUUUGAUUCUCAAGCUCUUAAAGAUAAUUUAUAUUAUGAAGCUGGAAGAAUGAUUGCAGUUUCUCUGGUUCAUGGAGGCCCAUCUCCAGGCUUCUUCUCCAAAACAUUGUUUAAUUGCCUUGUUUAUGACACAGAGAAUGUGAAACCAACUGUAGAAGAUGUUGCAGAUGUGGAUGUUUUGCUAACGGUAGAGAAGAUAAAAUCUGCAACAACUUUAAGCAGUUUAGAAUCAGCAGUAAGUGAUUGUUCUGAAUAUCUUGCCACUAUUGGAUGUUUGAAACCUGUAACAGCUCUAUGUGAUAAAGAUUCAUUGGUGGAUGAGAUACUGAAUUACCAUGUCAUCAAGAGAACUCUCUUACCUUUUAAAAGCUUUGAACAAGGUUUGAAAACACUUGGUGUUCUGGAAAAAAUGCAGAUGAGUCCUGAUGCAUUCUAUAGCAUACUGUGUCAGAAGCCAGAAGAACUUUCAGCAAAACUUCUUGGUGAUCUCUUCACAGUUCACUGUUUACAAGGAGCAGACAAAGCCAGAUGUCUUGAUUUCUGGAUGGGUUACUUGCAGGAAACUGAAGGUGGUGAGUCAGCUGUAACUCUGGAGGACAUCUUAGUGUUUGCAACUGGCAUUCGGAAUAUUCCACCCAUUGGCUUUGAUCCUGAACCUUCAGUUAAAUUUCUGCACAUAAAGUACCCCAUUGGAAAGAGGCACUGUAACUGCGUAGAGCUUCCAUUAACAAAAUCUUAUGACCAGUUCAAAAGAACUCUUGAUUUCUCCAUCAGAACUACAUUAGUCACUACAAUGGACUCCAAAACUAAAUGAUAAAACACACAAGAAACUAGCUAGCUUCUGCUGGAUAACAGACACGUUCAUCUUUACAAGUUCACAGCAUGAUCAUGGGAAUGGCUUGAUUUCAGUCUUUACAUUUUGAACUUUGUUUCACGAUGGUGACCAAACAAAGCUUUUACAACAGUUUUGCAUUACUGUAUUUUUUGUAGCACAUGGCCAUAAUCUCCAUCUUAGCCCCGAUCAUGUAAUAUAUCCCCACAAGUUACUAGUUAUGCAGUUGCAUACUGUUUAGUGCUUUCACAUUAUAAGUAAUUGAUUAUAAACUAGAAUUUCUGGCAAAGAGAUUACAGAAUUUGAAUUUCCAAAUUAUUAUGUCCAGUAAGACUUGUUUUUCUGAAGUGUUGACUUGUUAGUGUUUUGCACUGAUGAGAGUAAGUAGUAUUUCACAUACUAAAAUAAUUUCAAGUAUUCUAGCUAUUACUAGAAACAUGAAAAAGGCAGCUAAGCUCAUUACCUCAUUUUAACUUCUGUCAAAUAUAUUUUGAAGGCCCUAACUACUCUCAUUAUGUUUGCAUUCAAAAUUCAUUCCAAACCCUUUUCUCUGGAAAUAUCAACUGAAUUGUGUUUAAAAGUAAAAUAAUUGUAAAAAUUCAAAUACCAAGUUCAGUAAUUUCAUUAGUUAGUCAGUACUUUAUUUGAAAGUUUGAUUUGGCUUGAUUUGUGAAAUUCUCUUACUGUUUCAGUUACAUUGUAAAUAUACCAUUGUUGUUGUUGUGUGCCUUCAAGCUGUUUCCGAGACUUAUGGUGACCCUAAGGCAACCCUAUCAUGGAGUUUUCUUGGCAAGAUAUUUUUCAGAGGAAGUUUGUCAUUGCCUUCCCCUGAGGCUGAAAGUAUGUGAUUUGCCCUGGUCACCCAGUUGGUUUUAUGGCCAAAUACAGAGUUGAACCCUGAUUUUUAGAGUCGUAGGGGCUGAGCAGAUGGCCCCUUUGGAGCAACAGUAUGCUGCGGCCCCAAUCCAACAGUUUGCCAGCUCAAAAAUAAGCAGCAAAAUGCUGCUCCUUUUCAAGCUGGCAAAAAGCUGCCCUUGCUGCCGCCAUGGCACUUUUGCUCCAUUUCUUCGGUGCAGCAUAACCAUGCUGCCCGCCAGCUGGGCAGACGGCGGCUCAUAGUGCCAGUCUCUUCAGCCCCAUAGUCCAACACUCAAACCACUACAACACGCUAACUCUCUAGAUAUACCAUAUUAAAUCUUAAUUUUAAGGCAGUGGAAUAAUCUUCCAGUUUACCUUGCUUUCAAGUAUCAAAUAUAAUUUAUAAAAUGCAUGGCAAUGAGUUGGAUCCAGAAGGAAAAAAGCUGUUAGUGGGACCUGCCUGUAGAUAAAUGCACACUUGAGAUUAGGGAGGAAAACAACAACCACAAGAGAUGUGUCCUCUCAAAAUGACAGCACUGGCAAGAUACUUAGUUGCAAUAUGUCCAGAUGAAAUCAAAGUUUAUCAGAUGAAAGUAAUCAGACAUAUUACAGCAGGCAUAUUACAAGUAUUCUUUACUUCUUCAAUGGUUUCAGUAGCCUUCUCUUCUAGAAUGACUUACAUAGUUUCAAUAAAACGAUAGUUCCUGCCCUCAGUUUUACAGUCGAAAGACAUAGCACAAAAGGAAAAAAUGGAAUGUGUAAAGAAAGUGAAGCACAAUUCAAGCACAGGCGAGUUUUGAUAUGUGUUGUCGAAUUUACUACAUUUCAAAUUCUCUCUAAAAAUAAAUAAAUAAAGUAUCUAGGUAGACAAGAGGAGCAAUGCACAAGACACAGAGGACCUUCCCCUCGAGUCAGCUGGGCAGGCAGGAACAAAAAACUUUAAAAUGCAAGUGUUUCUUGUGGACUGGUCUUCUGUCUAUAUGUACCAAAACCUCAGGUUCAGCACAAAUAAACAAGUGCAUCUUAGUGUUGCAAGACGGAAGGGUUUCCUUGCCUGCUUAGAAGGGGGAGCAUGUGUGCAAGAAAGACACAAGAAUCUUGGGGAGUUUUCAUUCAAGGGUUUGCUUGCUUAGGUUAGGGGUGAGCAACUGGAGUCUUAUCAGACAGGGCUAUGUUUCUCUAACCUAGAAAAGGUAAGCUCUGGUUUUUUUUUAAUGCUUUAAAUCUUAAGAAAAGUAUUUGUACAUUGAGUAAAAUAGCUAAUUUUGUGGCUACUUAAAGUUCCAUUGGAAUGCAUCCCCCACAGUCUCCAAUGGUUUCCUAUGGAACUGGUUCACCCUAUUUAUGUCAAUUUCCAUUUGCAUCGCAAAUCCAGGAAUCCAACCCCAACAUAAACCUAGACACCUUUGUACUAAUUCUUAACACUAAAGAGUAGUUGCUACAGUUUCCAGCUAGAAUGGAAUUAAUUCAGGGAGAGAAGGAGCCCAAUGAAGUUAUGCCUUUAACAAAGGUGAUUGUAAUCUGCUUGUGAAAAUCUUACAUCCAGAAUAAGUGUGGCAUUGUGACACACACCCAAAAUGUAUAUUUUUAAAUGCUAAUGGCAAACUCUGCCCCUGAAGCAUCUGUAGGGGCCAAUUUGUCAUGCUUUAUGUAAACCUGCUCCAUCCCACUGUUUUAGGCCAGAGAAGUUUCUUUUGAAAUUGGAAACAACCAGCCAGUCUCAUACUAUUUUUAAAGGAGCCCAUUUAAAGCAGAUCCAUAGAGUUUUGAAAUUACAUUAAAAAGGCAAAAAAAAACACUUCCCCAGUUGUGGGUGUGAUUUGCCAUUCGUGGUACAAUGUUUUCCUGAAUAAUUGGAAAGGUAUAUAGCCCUCUAAGGUCCUUGAACCCACAGAGGUGUUGCCACUGCUAAAGUAUAGUAUGCUGGUGCCUAAAAAGUAGAAGCCAAAAGUCUUAAGUAUUCAGAACUUGCAUGGUUCUUGGAUCCUGGCCAGGUUUUUCAAGUGUGAAACCCAUGCCUCGGUUAAUUCUUCACUGGAUCUAAAGAGCUGUAAGCUAUUAUAGCCCAGUUCUGCUAAACUCUGGGAGGCCUGAUGCUAUUUGUUUACAAUAGCAACAAAAAAGAGUUUUGCAUAACAAUUUAGUAAGACGAUGGGGGCACCUGAGCUUGUGGUUGCUUUUUCAAAGUUUCUUGUUCACAAAUAUAUGCAUAAGGUAUCUAAUAAUAGGAUCAGAACAUAUGCAGUUGGUUGGACGGGACCAUUAGGAUUUUCUUUUACAAUCCUAUUUAAUCAGAUGUCUGUCUUAAGAUGUAUGUGCACAGGUUCUGAGUAUCAUAAGUUCUUCUGACUGGUUACUUGAAUCUUUACUGGACUGUAGUACUGCAUCUACUGGUUAUAUUAGAGAAAAUGAAAGCUGCAAAUUAAUCUGAAUGUGAUGCUUAUGGCCUUGUGGUUUGGGUCCCAUCUCCUCUGCAGCCCUCUCUGGAGUCAAAAACUUGUUCCAGAGUGUUUUCUACCCCUUUGGAGCAGGUUUAGGGCAUGUUGGGGAAAACAAGAGGAAUAGAGGAUCAUUUUUCUCCCACUUGUACUGUACUUUUCCCACAAGUGCAAUAACAGCAUGUACAUAGCAACAGUAUUCUUUAUGGCAGCUCAGGUACUUAAGGGAACUUGACCAUAAUUCAUUCAAAAGUUGACAGAAGGCAAAGAAAACUAGGAAAACUGAAAUCUCUCCUAUGGGUGGGAGAAUUAAACUUUUAGCAUUAUAUAACAGUUGUUUGGAGUUUUUCAUGUACAGUCACAAGUUUGUAAAUACUAUGUUUUAUAUGUUGAAACUGUUAUUUCCUGGAGCCUGUUGUAGCUAUUGCUUUAUUGUAGCAUGUAUGGGAGAACUGUCAUGUGUAUGUAUACAUAAAGUGCAAUAAAUCAAGAACUUAUUUAGUUAACAGUAUUAAUUUAGUAUUAAAU